GAGCUAGGCUUUGGUCAAGGCUAUAUGAAUUGUGGUAAAGUGUCCUAUUAGAGUCUGUGCAUGCAGACUAGCUGUUAGCAUUGUUUGUGAACGCAGUAGACAUGUGUGACGUCACAAUGGGUUGAUAUUUGAUGUUCUCUUCAUUGCAUCCCCAUGCACAAGGGGUGGGCACACCCUUUCAUAGCUCUCUCAACCAUUCAAGCAUGAACGGUGACAGCAACUAUAGCUAGAUUCCAUUCUUACAACUCACUCACAGCAUCUCAAAGCUUCGUAACAAACUUCAACGUCCAAGGAAAUAUACCACAACGAAGAACAAGAAGAGUGCAUUCUUAAUACGACUAGUUCAGAUGAAAUACAUCAACGUAAAAUGCAUGUAAAGCUCUCUAAAAGAUGUUUGAUGUCCUUUUAGGACAGUUCUUUUGGAGCUUUGAGAGGAUGAUGUGCUUCAGUGCUUGUAAUUGUCACCGGAGCCACGUAAUUAUAUGUUACACGUAAAGGGGAAUGGAGAUUCAGUCUUCUAGAGAAAUACUACACAAAUCAGUGGAGAAUAUCUUUCCGUGUACAGGGACGUUGAAGAGACAGUCAUUUUUGUGAAGGACCUCUUUGAACUUAAUGUUUUGGCACGAAUUCUCAACCGCUGCUGAUGCGUUUACUUGGAAUAUUGAAUGCAGUAAGUUGAAUCCAUCGCCAGGAGCCCUCAGUGCUUCAUUAUUGGAAUAGAAAUGUGGGGUGGAAAGUGAUACAAAAUGAGAGCUCUAAUCCAGUGCAAGAAUCUUCUCCUUUCGAGAUGGAGCACCCGACUUGCCUUAGCAAUCGCUCUCCUCACCCUCUUCGUGAUGACCAUGAACUAUGUCGACUUGGUUUCCAGGAAACCCGGUAGACACGACAAGGGGACGGCGUCACACGAAUACGAGGAAGAAUCCCGAUAUUUUCCCAACAGAUCUACGGCGGUCGUGACGCCAACCCGCCAAAGAGCCACGCUUGAAGAAGUCCCGAACAUGGGGUUAAUUGAAGAAGGCGUCGAAGAUCAGAUAGUGUUCAAUUCUAAAUCACCAUCAACCUCCUCACCACCAUUCAUUGUCAUCCUUGCACAAUGGCGAUUCGGUUCGUCCGUCAUAGGAGAACUCUUCAACCAAAACCAUGAUGUCUUUUACCUCUUCGAGCCACUCUGGUUAGUGGACCAGAUGAGGAGGCUGAAGAGGCUUCCUUCUUCACCCUUUUCAUCCGAAGUCCAUGAAUACUCGUCGAGGGUCAUCCGGGAUAUUGCGGCUUGUAAUAUGACAGAGGAAUACGUCCGCCUCAGCAAUCUAUGGGGCGGGCUGAUCAACAAUCGCGCUGUAUGUGAAGCCACAAGCUCACAAAAUGGCUGUAGAUUUCAAAAUGCCGAUAUGAUUAAUAACCUGUGUUCUAAGUUUAAUGGGCUAAAAGCUACUAAGAUCAUCCGGGCUGACCUUGACAAUAUAAAACCCUUGGUAAUAGAUGGCAAGGUCAAUGUCAAGGUUAUUCACCUGGUUCGGGACCCUAGGGGCUCGGCGGCAUCACGUAUCCACUACUACUUCGAUGGCUGGAGGGAGCUAGUGGAAGCGCAUGAAACGGAGUUCCCGAAGCACGGCCGUCUGGCCCCGCUUGGGUUGACUAACGCCACUAAACGCCUAAAAGACUGUAUCCCCACCAUGUGCAAAUGGAUGCGAGAGACUCUCAGAGAUGCCGCCGCAAUGCCGGACUGGUUGAAAGGAAGGUAUCAUCUCCUGAGGUACGAAGACUUCGCAGCAGCUCCCCUCAACACCACCGAGGACCUCUACCAGUUUGUUGGGUUACCCCUCCCCCAGGGAAUCAGGGAGUGGGUUCGGGAGAAUACAGAGGCAAAGCAUAGCGCAUCGGGCACCUUUGCGGUGCGUAAGAACUCUCGGGUGACUGCCCAGAAAUGGUUGUCUGAUCUGAGCGAGCUUGAGAUUGAACAGGUUGAAAAUAUAUGCCUAGAUGUCAUGGAUGACCUAGGAUACGAGAGAUACGCUACUCUAAAAUCAUCCAAAACAAAGUACUAAUUAAAGGGAUCCAGUAACUUUGUCUCAUAUUCUGAAACAAAAUCCUGGAUUUAGCUCAUGCUGCAAUGAUAAUUUUAAACCUUUAGAUCAGUCAGGAACCCCAUGACUUUUACAGGCCGAUCGUCUGUCUGAUUAUCAAGAUAUUUAUGAUUGGAAAUCGAAACCGAAUUUUUCGUUUGCCUAACGGUUUGCAUAACUUUACAGUCUAUUUAAGAAAACGAGUACCAAUAAGGCACUUCUUGAUCACUUUGAAGCGCCAUUUUUUAGGGCUUCAAUAUUACACAAUAUCACAGACACUGAUAACACAUAGGGCCGUGCAUCUCAGAUUUAACAUUGUUAGACGAUGCCUUUAAACAAUACUUCACAUGAUUUUAUUUGUUUUCAAUUUGAAAUUGCAGACCGAAACAGUUCAUGCUUGUGAUGAAAUAAGAUAUUUUAAUCAGUAGUAGUAGAGGAAACACUAGUUUAGGAUUGGACGAAUUGUACCAAAGGGGGACUAGCCUGGAAUUAAAAAAUGAUUCCAUUUCGUUCGAAGGUUACAAAGAAAAAUAGCCCGUGAAAAUGGGAAGGUUGUCUUGGAAAACGCUAGUGCUGCCUAAUGACUUUUUAUUCAACGAAGACAAACAGAGGAGUGUAGGUACGUUCUAUUCUGACUCCAAUGGUAAUAUAUUGCAUUAGAAAGCAAAUCCGGCAAUCGCAAAUCUCACCCAGUUAACGUGCAAUUACACUCCAAAAAUAGUUGGGCUAAAAUUUUACGCAAUAUUGGGUAUCAAAGACCCCCAAGUUAGGUACAAAUUUACCAAUUAUUGGGUAAACUUACCCAAUAAAUGGGCAUGUUCCUCUUUUGCCCCACUAUGAAUAAGUUUGAAUAAACUUUAGAGUGUACGUGAUAUUGUAUUGUUGUUGUUCGACAUCGAACUCUUUUUAGUUCAGCAUUACGUAAUCAUAAAAGACCUUUAGAGUGCAUGUGAUAUUAUAUUGUUGUUGUUGACAUCGAACUCAUUUUUGCUCAGCAUUACGUAAUCAUAAAAGACAUUUAGAGUGCAUGUGAUAUUAUAUUGUUGUUUGACAUCGAACUCUUUUUAGUUCAGCAUUACGUAAUCAUGAAAGGUAACGUUUGUAUGGUAUUUUUUCAACCAUUUGUCCACUUUCAUUCUAUGGAGGACUUAUCUGUUUGCCCAAUUGUUAUGUGUAAAUUCUUUGACACCGUGUUUAAAAACGCGACGUGAGUAAAAAAGGAAAAGGCGAGAUUGCACCUUGUAUGUUUAAUGUAGCCUUGUGUAAAGUAAUAACCCUUAUCAGAUAGGUAUUUUGUUGUCUAAUAUUGUCAAGAUGAAUAAUAAAUUUGUUUUAUUUAUGAUUCUACGUGAUGCAUAGAAAAGAAAGAAAUAUUUAUGAACUAGAAA